CAGACCUACGUAGUAGCUGCGUUGGAACCUGUGUAAGAACGUUAUCUAUGGUAACUAAUUUUGCCGUGUUGCUGACUGUUUAUUUUUAAAAGUGUAAAUUUUGUAAAAUCUCAAGAUUUAUUCUUGUUUUGAGGAGUUAUCCAUCGAGUUUUUCUUUAAAAUAAGCAUUAAAAUUGUGUAAAUUGUGUUGAUAAUUUAUAUAAAUUAUCAUGCCGACAUACAAAGUGAAAGUGAAGUGGGGAAAGGAGAACUACUCUGAUAUUGAGCUGAAUACUGAUGAGGAUCCAUUGGUCUUCAAAGCGCAGCUGUUUGCUUUGACAGGAGUCCAACCUGAGAGGCAGAAAGUUAUGCUUAAGGGAACAACACUUAAAGACUCUGACUGGGGAAACAUCAAACUGAAAGAUGGCGUGACUGUCCUGAUGAUGGGAAGUAAGGAAGAAGAUGUUCCAACAGAACCAUUAGAGAAGCCCGUAUUUGUUGAAGAUAUGAAUGAGAGUGAACUAGCAUCUGCUCUGGAUAUGCCAGCAGGACUUACGAACCUCGGAAACACGUGCUACAUGAACGCAACAGUGCAGUGUCUGAAAACUGUCCCAGAGCUCAGAGAAGCGUUACGGGGAUUCCAAGGAGGUGUGACUAUGGCAGGUGGCAUGGUUCCGGCGCAAUCUAUCACAGCUGCGCUGCGAGAUUUAUAUGACUCCAUGGACAAGGGUGCCUCUAUCCCUCCUAUUAUACUUCUUCAGGUGCUCCACAUGGCUUUCCCUCGAUUUGCUGAGAAGAGUGAUCAUGGUGGCUUUACCCAGCAAGAUGCUAAUGAAUGUUGGACGGAAUUAGUCAGAAUGUUACAACAGAAGCUCCCACCAAAACCAAUAGAAGGAUUCGAUUCUCCGUCAAAAUUUAAGUCACUGGUGGACCAGUACUUUGGUGGCACAUUUGACUGCGAGUUGAAAUGUGUUGAAGCUGAAGACGAACCCCCUAGCUUCAGUAAAGAAAACUUCCUACAACUGAGUUGUUUCAUCUCACAGGAAGUGAGAUACAUGCUCUCUGGACUUAGAUCUAAAAUGCAGGAGCAGUUGACAAAACAGUCACCUACACUAGAAAGGGACGCUGUAUAUACAAAAACAGUAAGUAGCAGCAGAACCAUGGUAACCAUUUAUCUUGCUAAUGAGAAAUUGUCAUGGUUUAUUGCAGACUUGGGUUCAAACAACUCUGGUUACUACACGCUACAGGCAGUGCUGACUCAUCGUGGACGUUCCAGUUCUAGCGGUCACUAUGUUGCAUGGGUUCAUCAGAAAGGAGACACCUGGCUGAAAUGUGAUGAUGAUCAGGUUUCCGCAGUCACUUCAGAAGACGUUCUAAAAUUGUCUGGAGGCGGAGACUGGCAUUGUGCUUAUGUACUUCUGUAUGGACCCCGAAUCCUUGAAGUGGCAGAGAACGAAAAUGUCGAGCCUAAGGUAGUGGAAGAGGUUGCAGCGCAAUCUCCGAUGGAAACUUCGUCAUCCACCCAUUCUCAGUAGUAAUGUGUUGAGAAUGAGCUAAAUGAGCCUGCUUCUGGGACACUGCUGAUCCUUGCGUUGUUUGGUGUUGCGCGUUUUUCAUCUUUUGUUACAAGUAUCAACAUACAUCCUCCUCUUCCCUUAACUCCACUGCCCUCCUUACCAAUACUGAAAGGAAAUAAAGAAGUAAAUUGAAAUGUUCAUGUAAAAAGAAUCUGAAUUACAAUAUUAGCUUUGUUUAAGUUAU